UCCGAGCAACAGUAAACAGAUUGAAUGCUGUCUUUGCGACCGCAUUCCCUUAGAAGCGUUCGAUUUGUUAAAGUCGUCCCCGGGUUGUGCCUUAGAAUGUAUUUAAGAACGGAUAGCAUGGUAGUUGUUUAUAGGGUUUUAGUAGGAUUUAUUAAACAUCAGUUCAAAAACUUCAUAAUCCGAUUCUGGCCUGGAAUAGAGAGGCCAAUUGUGCAGUUGCCUCAAGGCAAAGUUCAAGGUGUGACGACGAAACUUCCCAAUGGUGCACGAUAUCACUUCUUCAAGGGUAUUCCAUAUGCACAGCCUCCCGUGGGGAAGCUGCGGUUCCGUCCACCGGUGCCUUUGGAAAAAUUUCACAAGCCGGUGCUCAAUUGUAGCCUUGAUAGCAAUGAUUUCAUUCAAAGAAAUAUGAUUUUUAAUUGGCCCGUCUCUGGUUCAGAGGAUGGAUUAUAUCUGAAUGUUUAUACCCCAGCCCUACCCACGGAGAAUUCCACGAAAUAUCCGGUAAUUGUGUACAUCCAUGGUGGCGGCUUUCGAGGCGGAACGGCAAAUUCGAUGGUGUACGAUCCGUGCCAUUUGGUUCAGCAAGGAGUCGUGGUAGUGACCGUAUUUUACCGCAUCGGAGCGUUCGGUUUCCUUCACUUGCCCAGUGUCGGUAUCAGUGGCAAUGCUGGCCUCAAAGAUCAACGCUUAGCACUCCAUUGGAUCCAUAAACAGAUUCAUCACUUCGGCGGGGACGCACACAAUGUCACCCUCGCUGGGGGCAGCGCUGGCAGUUGGUCGACUUAUCUGCAUUACUUAUCACCCAGCUCGAGAAAAUAUUUCCAUCGAGUGAUUUGCAGUAGUGGAGACGCGUGUACUGAAGCCGUGUUCCAAGUUGACCCUGAGUGGAAAGCUCGAGCGCUGGCCAAUGCGUUGGGAUGCAGAGGAAGUUCUGAUCAACAAGUGCUAGACACAUUGAUAAAGGCAUCGGCCCGAAAUAUUGCUAAGUACCAGGACAGUAUUAUUGGCCCGAAUGAAGAAUCAUGCCCCCAUAGAUUCCCGUUCAGACCAGUUAUUGAACUGGAACCUUCCGAGGAUGCCAUCAUCACUCAAAAGCCUGAAGAAAUUCUAAAAUGCUUCGAUUCAAUUCAAAUGCCGAUGAUGUCAGGUUUUACCAGCGCUGAAGGAUUGCUGUCAAUGUACCUAAGCAAAUCUCGCCUAGAACUGUUCAAUAAACACCCGGAAUGGUUGGUGCCACGGAUUUUCAGUGGUCUGGAUGCGAUCGAACGUAAGGCCAUCGGAGAACAGGUGAAACAAUUUUACCUCGAAGCUCAGGACCUCGGUUGGAAUACCCAAAGUGAGACCUGUGAUUUAAUGUCGGAUAUCACCUUCGUUGUGUCUGCGAUGUUCAGUGCCGAAAUGAUUGCUAAAUAUCAGCCUAAUGUCAAACACUAUCACUAUCUGUUCGACUACAGCGGUCCACUGAACUUAAUCGGAAAGGUAUUCAGACUUCCAGCAGUUCCAGGGGCUGCACAUGGAGCUGAAACAUACUAUAUGUUCAGCUCUUCUUUCUUACCAAACGUAUCGAAAGACAGCAGGGAGUAUCGUGUACGCGAAAUCUUUAUAAAACUUGUCACCAACUUUGCCAUUCAUGGAAAUCCUACACCAGACGAAAAAGCACUCGGAUUCAAGUGGACUCCUGUGCGGCCUUUAGAACGCUAUUCCGAUUCGUUUGAUCUGGAAUCUCUACAGUUCACUGAAUGUCCCAAGAUGAUACUGAAUAUUUACCAAAAGAGAAAGGAAUUCUGGAGAGAUUUAGCGAGGCGACAAACAAGCCUUUUAUAAACGUUCACAAAUAGUUUGAAAAUUUUACAUUAUUAAAUUUUUUCCUGCAAAAAUGCGAUUUGACAUAAUGAAACAUAAAAAAAGACAUUAUUUCCUUAUCGCGUAUUGAUUUGUUUUUUUUUUUUGCUAUAUAACAAUAUUUUAUUAUUUUAUUUAAUUAAAACUAAUACCACAGACAGACGUUCAAGCAAGAACAACAUUGAUCAAAAAUUCCGUGUAAAUUUUCAAAGAGAAUUACGUUAUAUAUCACUUGUACACUAGCGCCACCUGGUGACCUUAUCGCUACAACACAUGUUUUUUCGCUGGUGUACAAGGCUGGCGUCACUGGUAUCUGGUUACGGUUUGCUACUACAAAGAACUUUACACAAGUUUGGAAUUCAGCUUAGACGUAUGUCUGCGCUAAAACAUUUGAUCACCUACCAUAGGAUCCCUAAAUCAAUUGUGUUAUAAUCACCCCUUUGGCAUCACGCCAUGUUUCAAGGGCUAACAUCUCAACAUAUGUGUAAACGAGAUAUCUUACUUAUCUUACUGCUGACAGCGGGCACAAAUUAAUUUGAGCCCAGGACAUGAGUUCAUUGUCAUUCACUGUUACUCGGUAUAGGGAGGCCAAAGGCUCGGUUAUAAUCGACAGCAAUCGACACAAAGACGUAACGGUGGUAUUAAAUAAACAAUAGCUACUGUUCAGGUUAUCUUGUAGCACUCGUAAACAAAUACUCAGUCGUAAAAAUACUCAACUCCAAUGACGUCUAAUGAAAUACAUAUAUACAAUUCUCGGCUUGUUAUUUGACUAAUUUGAAUAAUCCAUAUCAUAUACACCAAAAUGAAUGGAUUUUUGUUUAUUCGAGUGAAUUUAAUUAAUCGAGUGAAUUUAAUUCGAGUGAAUUUAAUUUAAUUAAAUUUUAACCCUGAAAAGAUAAUCAUAUUUUGAUGUGCGUACACACUAUGUUUCUUUUACCGUACUUAGCAAACUUUUUACUCAGUUUUCAACAGCCAAGCCAUCAGUAAUCUGUUCAGUAAUUCAUUUGCUUGACGCGCGUUCGGUAUUUUUUCAUUGUUGCCGAAACGUCAAAUAAAUAAGAUAGCUCAGCAAAAAUUUACAAAGCGUUCAUCUAAAGUUGCUGCAUGAGUUGGCGUUUACAAAACUGAUGAUUCGUCACAAAUUUACAAGCGUUCCGCAAAAUGCAAGAUAAGCUUUUUCCCGGUUAUAAUAAUAUAGAUGAAUAUGAAUGUAACUAUUUCUAUAGUUGCUAUUGCAACCGAUGAUUAAUUUUAUAUAGGUAUUUCGGAUUGUUUAGAUCAAUACACUGAUGAUCCAUGCACAUUCGCCUAAAACUAGAUAGUUUUUAUUAAAGACUUCGAGUAAAUAAAUCUUCAGUGGUGGUAGAUUUGAAAGCACUAUACCGGAAUACUUUAAAUGACACAGCCACUAAACUUUUCUGGAAAUGGCGGACUUCUGAUGUGCGAUUCUGUUUUGACAGAUGCAGAAAAAAUACCGAACAGUAUAGUAAAAAAAAAAACAAAAGUUCAGAAAAACAAUUGGGUUGUUUAGCUAUAUCAGUUUUUUAUAUCAUCUGAAAGAGCUGCAUUUUCUACGCAAAACGAAAUUUCCAAAAAUUUUCUAUCGUUGUACUUCAAUUUUCAAAUCAUGAAUUGAAACUGCUCGAAAUCGCUACAAUGACAGUUCGCCCAUAUACCAACUGUCAUUGUAGCGAUUCAGAGCGAUUUUUAUUCUUCAUUUAAAAAUCGAAGGACAAUGAUAUUCAAUUUUACAAAAUCUCUUUUUUCUCAGAAAAUAAAAAUUUUUAGCUGAUACAUAAAAAUCAGAAAAUCGUGAAUAGCUAAACAACCCAAUUAAUUGUUAAUUUAAAAUUUCAUUAUUGAUUAAGAAAAAACGAGGAAAAAACUGACGCACUGUUAGAAAACGAGGAGUCAAAUUGACGCAGACUAACUUUCCAGGGUUAACGGAUCAGCGAGUUAAAUAAAACGAAUACAAUUCUAGAGCAACAUGUCAAACGGAUCUAUCCCGGAUUUAAUAGUUUUGAGAAAAUCAACCUCGAAGUUUUAGUUUCCUUUUUUAAAUGCUAUUUAACAAUUGAAAGCGAUUUUCUAUUUUUUUUAACGCAGAAAUAAUUACGAACAUGUAAACUUUAAUAUAUUUAAAUAUUUUCGUUGAAUUACUGAAAAAUUUAGAUGUUUACGAACUGAAUUAUGAAUAGUCCCUUUAAACUUGUAAAAUAGACUUAGACCCUUUUGUUAAAUCCAAUGUUUGUUUUGAUUCUGAGUAAGCUCAUUUCAGAUGUACCCUUUGCUAGAUUGUCAUUUUAGUCAGGUUUUUUGAAUCCGACUAAACUAAACUGAAGUUUGCUUUGAAAAAACCGAAACAAAUUUAUACCGAGUAGUUUUCAGUGAAAAUUGUAUCGAUCAAGUGAUCAAGUAAAACCCCCAUGCGAAUGUAUAAUAAUUGAAAUGGUAGUUUUUUUAUUCAAUAAUAUGAACUGUGUAGGAAUCUGACUCUAUCGUAUAAAUUUCAGCAUCUUGAAAUGUGAAACCCGUUAGUGACAUUCUCUACAAAUCCUAGGAUUUCAAGGACCAGAAUUUGGGAAAGACUGUAGAGAGCGGUUUUCACGGAACAAAAGCUUGUAUUUGUGCUGAGAGUUGGAAAUGGAUUUAAUGGUUCAUGUUUCACUCAUAAUAUAAAUACGGGUGAAAGAGAAGACUUACGUGCAGUACAGUGAAAAGUGUGACGAGUACAGUUUAAACUGGUUCAAAUAGAAAAAGUGGUGAUCAAGGUGUUAGGAACUAAAACUGUGGCAUAUCAUAAAGAAAGUUUUUUAUUCAAAAUUUGUUUUUGUAAAGACAAGAGUGUUUAAUCAUUGAAUAAACAUUUAUUGCUCUGUGUUUUGUUUACAUUUCCCUGAGAAUUUUCUAUAACAUGUAACAAGAAAUAA